GGCAACCAGUCGCGAAUUCCUGUGGGUCAAGAGUGCGUGAUCAUGGUAAACACUUUGCAGGCAGGAGUUGGCCACGUCACGUGCCGCAUCAUCACGCCAUCUGGCACAUACGCGGAUGUCGAGAUUCAAGAAAAUAGCAACGGCAUGGUCAGCGUCUUCUACACCCCGCGUAUCCGAGGUGACUAUACAGUUGAAGUGCGCUUCGGUGGAGAACUGGUACCUAACGGCCGCUUUAAUCAGAAAGCCUUUUGUGGUUUGCCGAAAGAUACUGAAUCUCGUAUCUUGUCCGUCGUCGGGACAGACAAUUCCUCGAAUCGCUCAUCUCCAAUGCCAUUGACAGGUUAUUUUACACCGUACGAAGACAGGCUAGUUUGA